AUGUCGCCGGCUCGGUUCCGGGAGGCUCACGACGUGUCGGCGCGGCCCGGCCGCCAGUGUGAACACCAGAAUAAGGAAGAAACUAUAUGUAAAACUUCACUGCCAAGUACAUCCCAAGCUUCCAGAAGUAAAUCGAAGAAGAGACGUCUUACUGAUGAAAAAAGCAAUUGGAAAAAGACACCUCCAGUUUAUACAAAGCUGUCUCAAACUAGUGAGCAUGACAUCACCACAAAGAGAGAGGAAUUGAAGGAACAACUUUCUUCCUUGACUCCGAAGGAGAUGUUUGAAGAACUGAUGAACGAAAACAUAUACGAGUUCAUAGUGAAAGAAACUGUGAGAUAUGCAGUAAAUAUGAAGAAUACACAGGAUUUUAACCUCACAGUCGAAGAAGUGAAGGUCUUUGCCGGAUUUCUUCUUUUUGCUGGCUACCAUAAGCUCCCUGCUGAGAAGCUAUACUGGUCUGAGGAUGAAGAGUUGGCAUACCAAUUAUAUAGACAGCUACGUCAAGGAAUAAAUAUCAGAAGUUGA